UUUAGAUUUAACAGUCACACGUCACUGAUCACAGUUCAACCUCUGACCAUGUCAGCAGAGGACAUGGGGUACGUACGUGUGUUGGAGCAAGAAAACUUUGAGGUUGAGAACUAAGAGCUAUUGACUAACAUCAUCAGGUGUCUUGCUGCAUUUCUUUGCAUUAUGGGUAAUGUCCAAGUGCAGGAUUUUGCCCCUGUUCGUCCAGAUGAGCGACGUGAGCUGAAUCUUGGAUGUCGAGUUACACCUCAACUAUAUCAGCAGCAUGUUGAUGGUGCUGCUGUAGAGGGCGCUCUGACUGAGCUUCCGUGGUCAAUUGUUGAUUCAGUCUCUCUCUUUGAGGAAAUGGACGUAUCCUUCAACGAACUGACCAGAAUCCCGCCGGAAAUUCCUCUGCGGCUACCUCAUCUUUCGACUGUGAAUUUAAGUCAUAAUCGACUGACAUCCCUUCCAGAUAGCUUUGCUCUCCUUUUUCAUCUUAAGAACGUGCUUCUCCAUCACAACCAAAUCCAGAGUCUUCCGAAAACAUUCAUUCAUCUGGUGAAGCUAGAAAAGCUUGAUCUUUCUUUCAACAGUCUAAUGAGCUUGCCAGAUAAUAUAGGUCAAAUGGAGUCCCUAAAAAAGCUGAACAUCUCUGAUAAUCAACUACACAGAAUUCCAAUCUCAUUAGGUGGCUCAAAGCAAAUGAAUGUUCUCCUAGCUUUCAAUAAUCAGUGUCUGCUGCCACCACAGUCCAUCUGUAAUGAAGGAUCUGAUGCAUUAUUAAGUUUUCUUAGACUUCAGUUUCACAAUGGAAAUAUACCUAAAGUUCUUCUUCCUGGGAAUAUAUUUCAGAGAGUUCGAGGUAAUGUCCUGAAUUCAUCAGUAGGAAAUCCGCAUUCAGCCAGAGCACAAUAUCUACAAGAACAGACACAAACAACAAACACAACAAGCAGGAUUCGAACACCGCUUAGACCAACCCUUGGUGCUACUACGCUUGAUGCAGAUGAGCUGAGGGACAAGAUAGUUGGUCUGGUGUAUGGUGCAGCUAUUGGAGAUGCCCUUGGUCUUUGUACUGAGAACCUUACUAGAGAUGAAUGUCUUUUCUAUUAUGAAGAGGAUGAUUUAAAUUACAAGAACUCAAUUACAGAUAAACAUCGUCUUCAGUGGGAUAAAGGCGAUUGGUCAGCAGAUUUUGAUCAAAUGGCACUUCUUCUGGACUCUAUUCUUCACUGGGCUGGUGUCGUCGAUGAGCUUGAUUUUGCAAAGCGCCUGUUUCUGUGGAGUAAACAUGGCUUCCCUGACCUUGGCGACACCAAAGGCUAUGAAGAAUUCAGCAAUGCUGUUGCUAAGGCUCUCCAUCACAAACAAUUUACCAAAAAGCCACAUGAUGCCUCGCAAGAAAUCUGGGAAAGAGCUUAUGAACCUGAUGACCCUGAAUCAUGUGACCAUUUAGCAGACAACGGAGCAUUAGUUAGAACGGCAAUACUGGGAAUACCUCAUUUUCACGACAUAAAAGAAGUCUCAAGCAAUGCUGUACGAAUAUGUAGAGCUACUCAUUAUGACCCAAGAUGUCGAGCAAGCUGUGUUGUGGUCUCAGCAAUCAUUGCAAGUAUAUUACAAAAUUCUCACCCCCUGUCAAAUACUAAACACCUGAACGCACUGCUUUCCAGUGCAAUUGAAUUAGGCAAGGAGCAACUCCAGAGUCCUAAACACAAAGACCAACUUGAUAAAUACUGCUGCAUGAAGACUUUUGGACAAGUUGUGACAUGUGACAAUAACAAACCGAGUUUGACCUUUAAACCUCUUGCUGUGACCUUAGUUGCUCUGCGAUCCAAGUUAGACUUCAAGACAGCAUUGAGUAAGAUUAUAAUGUAUGGAGCAGACAGUAACAGUAAUGCCUGUGUUGCCGGAGCUGUACUAGGAUGUCUGUAUGGGUAUCAGUCUUUGCCCAAGGCUUGGGUUCAGGGCCUUCAACAAAAGAAUGCAAAAUGGCUAGAUAUAAGAAUCAAUGCAUUUCUAGAUCUGAUGGCUUUGCCAUAAUAUGUUUAAGGGGUUCCAAGUCUCCUAGAAGUCGCGGGAGUCUCCCGGAAAUCGGGACGGCCUCCUGCACUUCCGCAAGCAAUCAUGAAUCUCCUGCAAAAUAAACCGUCUUGGAAACCAGUGCAAAUGAGUAUCACUAUGCUCAGCAAAAUAAAAAUAAAAUUAAGAAAACUCAAUAAGUGGUUUUCCCUGAUGGGGUAAAGAUUUAUAUAAAAAAAUACAUAUUAUAUUCUAAAUUAUAUUCUUUUUUUUUAUUUUUUAGACCAAUUGUAUUGUCAAAUAAAGAAAAAAGACUUUGGAAUUUAAAUCGUUAUAUUAUCUUUACUUACAUUCAGAUCUAAUAAAAGCAUCCUUAUUCAUCGACUAUUAAAUAUACAAAAUAUUUAGUACAUAGACCUCGGUAUUUGAUGUACUAUAUAAAUCCCAAUACAUACAGAUAAAAAGAUACAUUAAUUAUGCUCUAAUUAAGAUAUCCUAGAAACUAGGAACUCAUCCAUUAAUUGGUCUUCCUAGAAUUAUAAUAAAUAGUAUAACAUAUAUAAGAAGACUAUGUGACUCUAAGGUUAAAACAUAGAUCAUAAAUUCACUUAGGCUGUAUUACACUGGGUUAAUUUUGACAAAGGUGAAGGAAAGUUUACUAUGCCUAACUUGUACUGCUGUUCACGCUUGGAUUUAAAGGGCUUAUCAAAUGGCUGAACUAGGCUGCUUUCUGCCUGAGGAAACAGCCUGGUUAUUGUUCCUGGUAAAAAAAGAAAUCGGAACUCAAGUCAAUAAUACGUAAUAGGGAGCCUUUGAUUUGCGACAAUAUCGUGGAUUGUACUGUAUUUUAACAUUGGUACGUCAGUCUUGUUCCUGAUGUGUCCAUGUACGUGUCGUAUAAAUUUAAAAUUUGAUUUACAGUAGAAUGCGCAUGAUGACUGUCACGGACGAAUGAAUCCGUCCUGUGUUCUCAGUUGAAAGCUCCUUUAAUAGUUUUCACCUGAAACUCUGAAAAAGCAUACAAAUUAAUUAAUGUAUUUUAUUAUUCUUUAAUUUAUAUGCUUCCGUAAUAAAAUGAUUUAGAACAUUUAAGCUACAUAAAUGGUGCAUACAUAUGAUUAUUUUCAUUUAUUUUUUGUACAUUUAUGCAAUUUUACAAUGGAUUUUAAUACUCUCAUAUAUUUCAAGAAUGCAAAUGUAUUAGUUUUAUUUUAAUUUAUACUGUAAACAGUUGUUAAACUUUCCAGAAUGCAAGUCAAACAUAACAAUUGACCAAUUAGAAUAGGGCUACUAAUUUGCACUUGUCCCAAAAAUGCAUUUGUUUGCGUACAUUUGUGGGCCCUUAGCAACGAUAUCUAGGGGGUGGAGCUAAGCGGAUUCUGCCCAUUGUUAGGAUGGAUCUGUAUCGCCUUAUAAUAGUCAUAUCAAAAUUUGUGAUAAUUGUCUAAUUAUUUUCAGAAUUUGAAUAUACACUAUCAGUGAUGAGUAACAACAUGGGGAAAUAUCAAUAAUUUUACAUAUUUAGGUUAAAAUUAAUAAGUUAUUUGAUCUUUGUAAAUAUAAAUUCAGUGUGCUAAAAUGAAUUUUUAAGAGUUCCAAAUGUUAUGACAAAAUGGCAUGUCAUUGAGAGAAGUUAAGUUUUAUAAAAAAAAAUGUGUAAUUUAUUCAGAGAAACUUAUAUACGUUAUUUGCAAAGUAGGAAGUUGAAAUAUGUUGUAGUGGUGGUGCCAGGACUUGCAUGACGUAGGUGGGGAUAUGGGAGUGGGGCGAUCAUACGUGGGUGGGGAUAUGGGAGUGGGGCGAUGCUAUAGUGGUUCUAAAUAAGAACAUUUUUUGUGAAGUGAAAAUGGUGAUGGCUGAAAUUUUAAAGUGCUAUUAUAUCAAGAAAUUUUAGAAUAUUAAAUUUCUUGAGAUUUCUAAAUUGAUAUUGUAUAUUAAAUUAUAUAAGAAGUAAUCGGAGGUGUAUGGAUGAGAUUAUUAUUAUUGAUUAAAAUGAUUUAUGCAGAGAAACCUGAAA